AUGGCACAAGUGCGUGCCGAGGAAAGUGUCAUGCCUCUGGAUAAUACGGCGCUGCUCGCGAACAGCAACUAUGACAAGAUAUCGACACCUGACUCCACUGAUUCUCCUGAAGUUCGACAGUCAAAUUCUCAGCAUCAGACGAACGAAGAGGAGACACCGGCCUCUCCAGAUGAAAGCUAUGGUGACCUCAUGCACGGCAUAAAUUCGUUCUGGGCCAUUGUAUUUCCAGUCUGUGUAACGAUGAUUAUUGCAAGUCUUGUGGUUGUCAACUACCGAAGCUCCAGCAUUGAAGCUUCCAUGUCGACGUACCUUGUGUAUGGUGACUCUGGGACUAAUAGUAACUCUGGGCUUGGUGAAUCGCUUAUUAAUGCCGUGGUUAUUAUUUGUGUCAUUGCUGUGCUAACCUUUGGCAUGGCACUGCUGUAUAAAUUUAAUUGUAUGAAGUUUCUAGGUGGUUACAUUAUGUUUGCCUCGACAGCCAUUUUGAGUUUUGUCGGCGGGCAAUUGGUCGAUGAAAUUGUCAAUCGACACCUUGGAUGGGCAAUGGACUGGCUUACAUUUCUUUUUGUCAUGAUCAACUUUGGGUUUGUGGGUGUCAUUGCCAUCUUUUAUCAAAAAGGAAUUCCAAAAUUUGUGCAGAAUGGGUACCUCGUUCUUGUGAGCGUCAUUCUCGCGUGGCAAUUUAGUAUGUGGCCAGAGUGGACAACAAUUACGUUUUGCGUAAUGUUUGCAUGCUAUGAUUUAUGUGCAGUUUUAACUCCAUGUGGUCCGCUCAAGUAUCUCAUUGGACUUAUUCAAGAGAAACAAGCACCAUUGCCUGGUUUACUUUACGAGGCUGACGUUCGUGAUGGAGUUGCCCACGACCAUCAUCGACAACAGCGACAAGAACAGCGUCGACCAAAAAAUCCACCGACUCUUGACGUAGCUGAUGGUAUUUCUCAGCGUCAGUCUUCGGGCACGUCGCAAUCAUCUAGUAACGACGAGGUUAUGGCUGUCGUACCCAACAGUACCCAUACUAUCGAUGAUCGUACUGACUCGUCUCCAAUACCGGUACUUUCGUCCAGUCGACCUCGAAAUGUAGCUGAGUCCAGUUUUGUGACUUAUGAAUGUGAAACGCUGGAGUCGCUUGUGGGUCUACUUACGCGAUUCUAUGAGAUGUUUAGUCCAGAGGAUUCGUGGAAAGCUCCGCAAGUCGCUGAAAAGUUCUUUUCAACACAAGACCGGCUUUGGUUAUUAAUUUUUCACAAAUAUUACGUCUGCUCGUGCUCGAUGGACAUGCCUUGCCCUGUUCAAGCAAGACGGGAUCGUCGUGAACGCCAACGCGCAGAGGAAGAUGAGGACGACAAGACAAUAAAAUUGGGAUUGGGAGAUUUUAUCUUUUACAGUGUGUUGGUUGGACGAGCCGCUAUCAAGGAUUUUUCAACCUUUGUGGUUACUUUUGUGUGUGUUGUCAUGGGCCUUGGGGGUACACUGUUUCUACUGGCUGUGUUACACAAGGCACUACCAGCCUUCAUGAUGGUGUUUCCAGCUGCAGUAUAG